AUGACCACUUACACAGAAGCAUCUCCAAUAACUAUCCCUUCAGAUAUUUUGGAUGAUUUAAGCAGCCGUUUCAUCAUCAACGUACCCGAGGAAGAACGUAAAGAAUUAGUCAGGCUGUGCUUUCAGAUUGAAUUAGCUCAUUGGUUUUAUUUGGACUUUUAUUGUACAGAAGAUAGCCAGUUAAGACAGUGUUCUAUGAGGGAAUUCUCACAUAUCAUUUUUAAUCACAUUCCGUUUCUUCGAGAGCAUGCCAAUAACGUCGAUACUACUUUGGAUACCUGGAGGGAGUAUAAGAUGGCGGUUCCUACGUUCGGAGCCAUACUGCUCGACGAGAAAAUGGAGAACGUGUUGUUGGUUCAGGGCUAUUGGGCCAAAUCCAGUUGGGGUUUCCCGAAAGGAAAAGUGAAUAAAGAAGAACGCCCCCACGACUGCGCGGUGAGAGAAGUGUUGGAAGAGACGGGUUUCGAUAUAAGUAAACUGAUCGAUAAAGAAGAAUUUAUCGAUCACUGCGUUAACGAACAGCAGAUCAGACUGUAUAUAAUUACAGGCGUUACCAAAGAUACGAAAUUUCAGCCAAAAACAAGAAAGGAAAUAAAGAGUAUCGAAUGGUUUCCGAUUAACGAUCUUCCCUCGCAUAAAAAAGACCAAGUUUCCAAAACAAAUCUUGGGUUAGGACCAAAUGCAUUUUUUAUGGUAAUUCCAUUUAUAAAACCUCUGAGAAAAUGGAUAGCUUCAAAACAAAAGAAGCAUUUACAAAAUCAGAAUGCGAUAAAUCAUGGUAAUCAGCCGCACGUGUCGAAUUCUCAGUAUGUGGAAAAGUCGAAACAGAAACCUCAGUAUUAUAAUCUUAUGGUUCAGAACGAAUUUGCCGAUUACAUGAGAAAUAAAGACAGUCGCAGCCAUAAAUUUAAUUAUUCUCCUCCUCCUCGAAUGCAGCGAUUAAAACAACACAAGCAACUUAACGACAGUAAUGAAUUUAAAGACAAUUAUUUGAGAAAUGAUGAAGUAAAUUCAGAAAGAAAUGGGAAAUCAAAUAGUCCAUCCGUUGCCACAUCACUGAAUGGUGUCUUACAAAAUAAAAGAGAAGAAAACUUUUCUAAUCUUAGUUUGAUCAAACGCAUACCUGAAGAUUUAAGUUUCUGGAUCGGAAUGUGUUUUCCUUCUGUUUGCCAGGAAGAUGACAUCCAGUACAUGACACAAGCAGUGGUUUAUAAUUUGGGUUUUACAACAAAUGUUAUGGAAUGUCAGACAUCGUCGUCUAAAGAAUUAACAUUAUUUCAGAUUUUUAUAAUAGCACUGUUUAGUGCAUUUAUCAUAUUUGCAACUGCAGGAACUAUUUUUGAUGUGACAAACACACAAUUUACUAAAAGUGAAGAUAAACCAUCCUACAAAA